AUGAACCCCAUACAGUCUCGUUCUCCAUUCACAGCCGACGAGACACUUGGUGACCUGCCCGUCAUCCCAGCCUUCUGCACACACACACACACACACACACCAAACCUGGCCAAUCAAGCGAUAGUACUCCAAGCCAAUUGGCAUCUUAACGAGGCACAUUCCAUGCUCAGCCCUUGUUCCCCUUUUGGCCUUUGCAUUGAAAUUAUCAGAAUUAUUAUUGCCAUUCUGUUCGUCACUGGUCGCCAUCGAAAACCUGAAGACGGCCAGCAAAUGGGUGCCGCGACCACACUUCAGCAGAGUCUUGAGUUCGGCGGCAAACUCACGAUUGCCCGUCACAUAAACGUCCCAAUCACAUAUUUGAGUUGA